AUGGACGCUCUUAGGGAAAAAUUCGACUGCCACCGCCAGAUCUGCAUGCGUCACUGGGACCUGAUUCUCGACUAUCCCAGAAUAACUAAAGAAACACCCGAAGCCAUAGACGAUCUUAUCGAGACAGUCAAAGUACAUCUUCAAGCGUUAGAAAGACUCGGGGACCCAGUCACGUCAAACGCCUUUCUCAUAAAGCUUGUCACGUCGAAGUUACCCUCAGCCGUCGUUCGCGAAUGGCAACAUACCCUACCGGACAAGAAAUUGCCGCCAUAUACGCAUUUAGUGGAUUUUUUGAAAACACGGACGAAUAGCGACAGAGCAUGCUCAUCAUUAACCGUCAAAAGGGGGGCGUCCGAGCAACACGACCGUCGGCGACAGGACGCGCCGCGAAGUUAUACAUUCGUAACUACACACAAUACGUUGUUGUGUCCGAACUGCCACGGACAACACAAAUUAUGGAAUUGCCAUGUCUUCAAAACGAAGACGCCCAAAGAACGCCUGGAAAUCGCCAAAAGGGCGUCGCUCUGUACCAAUUGUUUAGGCAAGGGACACGCUCUCACUCAAUGCUCCGCGGGAUCAUGUCGCAUCUGUAGACAGCGACAUCACACGUACCUGCAUCAAGACCAGGGGCAUAAGGAUCGGAAAUUCCAACAAAUCUUGUGGCGCAACUCGGACGGAGAAGUGGACAUCUAUCAACUUAACACAGUGACAUUCGGGCUGUCAGCGGCCCCCUACCUAGCCAUUCGGUGCCUCAAACAACUGGCAGACGACGAGGGACAUCGGUACCCACGAGCAGCGAUGGUCUUACAGCGAGACUUCUACGUCGACGAUGUUCUCACAGGAGCCGAUACAAGGAACGAGGUACAAUUACUGAGAACGGAGCUCAUACAAUUGCUUAAACUAGCCGGCUUGAACAUCCGAAAAUGGGCAGCGAACGACCGGGAACUGCUACGAGGACUUUCCGAGCAGGACAUAAACGAUAAGCUGCUACUAGGCGAAUCGCAAACUUUCAAAACUCUGGGUGUUGUUUGGAAUUCCUUUGACGAUUCGAUCCUGUAUUCCGUCAAAAUCAAUCCUACCGCCUCUCGAAUUACGAAGAGAACAAUCAGCUCCGAAAUUGCCAAGAUCUACGACCCUCUUGGAUUACUGGCACCAGUGAUCGUUCGCGCUAAGAUGUUGCUCCAACGACUUUGGACUUUAAAACUUGACUGGGACGAAUCUCUUCCGGCUGACGUACACACAGAAUGGAGCAAAUAUUAUUCACAGCUACCUUUGCUAAAUAACGUGAAGUUUCCACGUAAAACUAUAAUCAAGACUGCAGCGGAAAUCGAAUUACACGGAUUCUACGAUGCCAGCGAAAGGGCGUAUGGGGCAUGCGUCUACCUUCGCACCAUCGCUCCGGAUGGUCAUGUUUGGACACGACUCCUCACUGCAAGGUCAAAGGUGGCUCCACUCAAAUCACAAACCAUUCCAAGGCUGGAACUGAGUGGAGCACUUCUUCUUGCAUCAUUGGCCACUACAGUCCUUCAAGCGUUACCAAGCAACAUUUCUCAGACCGUUUACUGGACUGAUUCUACAAUCGUUCUACACUGGAUUAAUACAUCACCUCACACGCUGAAAACCUUGGUCGCCAAUCGUGUGACAGAGAUUCAACAAAAGACUCACACCUCAGAUUGGCGCCACAUUCCCACUACCGAUAACCCUGCCGAUCUCAUAUCUCGAGGCCAAUCACCCCAAGACUUCCUGCGAUCUACCAUUUGGCAACAUGGACCAGAAUGGCUCCAACAACCUGAAAAAUACUGGCCGUCGUGGAACCCAGUACCAUUAGUUGAAAUACCAGAGCAAAAGAAGGCAACAUGUCUGUCCGUGACUCCGCCUGACCACAGUCUACUGGAGAGAUAUUCUUCUUGGCCCAAGCUGAUAAGAAUUGCCGCUCGUUGCCUCAGAUGGAGGCAAAAACAGGAUCGGGGGGGACCUCUAACCACACAUGAUUUAACCGAUGCGCAUAACAAAUUGGUCAAAUUGUUACAACUCUGUUAUUUUCCAGAUGAAAUACGUACUCUCCGCACAGAUCGAAAUGCUGCAGUGAAGGGGAAGCUGCAACGACUCAAUCCAUUUCUGGACAAGGACGAGAUAUUGCGAGUCGGAGGCCGACUCAGUUAUUCACCAAUGCCCUUCACUCAAAAACACCCAAUCAUUCUACCCAAAUCCUCAGUUACAGCACUCAUAAUCGAGCAUGAACACCUCCUAAAUCUCCACUCCGGAACUCAAGCUACCUUAUAUGCCCUAAGGAGAUCUUACUGGCCUAUCGACGGCCGUAGUCAAGUUUGGAGCACGCUGAAGAAGUGCUCAAAGCAGUCCACCUCGAGCUGGUCACCGAUCUCACUAGCGAGGCCUUCAUUGCUGCUCUGCGAAGAUUCAUCGCUCGCCGAGGAUUCUGUGUAA